AGAUGCUAGCCAGUGAGUGAAUCGCCAAGAGAGGCUCUGCAGCCACUUAGCGUCACAACUGAAAACAAAACCCUUCUAAACCCUUUAUUCCUUCACUCCAAACUAUGUAUCUAUCCCGCCACAUCUUCACCAAACUCUCUCCGCACCGCCGCCACUUCUCCCAAUCCGCGGCCGCUGCCGUCCUUCACCCGCCGGAGCCGGAGCCGGAGCCGCUCACCUACCUCGACGGCUUUCCUCGCCCGGAUCCCAAGCACGAUGAGACGAUCUUCGCUGUUCCCCGCGCGGACUCCGGCAAGAACAUUUCCGCGAAGGAGCGACGCGUCGGGCGCUUGCCGAGCAUCAUCUUCGAACAGGAAGAUGGCCAGCAUGGCGGAAACAAACGCCUCAUCUCCGUCCGCACCGACCAGAUCAGAAAACUCGUCAACCACCUCGGCCGGUCCUUCUUCCUCUCCCGCCUCUUUCACCUAGAAGUCCGCGCGCAGUUCGACUCUGAUGACGUCGUUGAGAGCGUUCGCGUCUUGCCUCGCAAUAUUCAUUUGGAAGCUGGCACAGACGCGCCGUUGACUGUGACCUUUAUAAGGGCUCCGUCGCGCGCCUUGUUGAAAGUUAAUGUUCCUCUCGUCUUCAGAGGAGAUGAUGUAUCACCUGGACUCAAGAAAGGUGCUUCUUUGAAUACCAUCAAAAGGACUGUUAAGUUCUUGUGCCCUGCUGACAUUAUUCCCCCAUAUAUUGACGUCGAUUUAAGUGAGUUGGAUGUGGGCCAGAAAAUAGUAAUGGGAGAUCUCAAAGUUCACCCUGCUUUAAAACUUCUUCAGUCAAAAGAUGAAGCUGUUUGUAAAAUAAUGGGCCAAAGAGUUUCUGAAAUACAAAAGAAAUCUAAGUAACUGCCUUUUGUAUCUUUGGGGCUAACGCUGCUGCACUGAAGCAUUUUAUAGCUAGCAUGUAUGAUUCAUUAUGUUUUUAUUAGUUGAUUCUUGGCAGCAGUGGGGGACACGGAUGUAGAAUUCCAACGUUAGCCUUUUGUUAGCUUCCUUUUCUUACAGUUUUCUUCCCAUCUUUCAAAUCUUUGUUUCUGCCGUUUCUUUUGGCAAAAAUGAAAUACCUAGGGGAUGAGAAUAGCAAGUGAUGAGUUUAUGGGUUCCUACACUGAUGUCCUCGUGUCCUUGAUAAUACUUCACACCGCCUGUGUAGAACUCCAAUUUGACUUUUAAGAUAUCUGACAGGUAAUAAAUUUAUUUACAUUUAGU